CUUUACGGUACUUUUCCACUUCCUUUUUCCACGGCGCUUUUAGAAGAAAAUUGUGACUCGGCUGAUUUGCCGAAUAAAAGCUGCCGUUUGGUCGUCACAAUCUUAAAGACCAUGGCGAAGUUCCAUGCCCCUGAGAUCCAGGACAAUCCCUCUGGGUGGGGUCCCUGUGCUGUCCCUGAGAAGUUUAAGGACAUGCCCUACCAGCCCUUUAGCAAAGGAGACCGUCUGGGAAAGGUGGCUGAUUGGACAGGAGCAACCUACCAGGACAAGAGAUACACAAACAAGUAUUCAUCUCAGUUUGGGGGCGGUAGUCAGUAUGCCUACUUCCAUGAGGAGGACGAGACGAGCUUCCAGCUGGUGGACACUGCCAAGACGCAGAAGACUGCCUACCAGAGGAACCGCAUGAGGUUUGCACAGAGGAAUCUGCGCAGGGACAAGGACCGCAGGAACCUGACCCAGUUCAAUAUGCAGACCCUCCCGAAGAGUGCCAAGCAGAAGGAGCGGGAUCGCAUGCGCCUACAGAAAAAGUUCCAGAAGCAGUUUGGCGUCCGUCAGAAGUGGGACCAGAAAUCCCAGUUGAAACCCCGGGACUCGUCGGUAGAGGUCCGGAGUGACUGGGAGGUGAAGGAGGAGAUGGACUUCCCCAGGCUGAUGAAGAUGAGAUACAUGGAGGUGGAAGACCCCACUGACAUUGAGUGCUGUGGUGCGUUGGAGUACUACGACAAGGCCUUCGACCGCGUCACCACUCGCAACGAGAAGCCUCUCAAGAGCAUCAAGAGGAUCUUUCACACAGUCACCACCACCGACGACCCUGUCAUCCGCAAGUUGGCUAAGACCCAGGGCAAUGUGUUUGCCACCGAUGCCAUCCUGGCCACCCUGAUGUGCUGCACGCGCUCAGUCAACUCCUGGGACAUCAUUGUGCAGAGAGUGGGCAACAAGCUCUUCUUUGACAAGAGAGACAACUCUGACUUUGAUCUGUUGACGGUGAGUGAGACUGCCAACGAGCCACCACAGGAUGAGGGCAACUCCUUCAACUCGCCCCGUAACCUGGCCAUGGAGGCUACCUACAUCAACCAUAACUUCAGCCAGCAGUGUCUGCGCAUGGGCGGGGAGAGGCACAAGUUUCCUAACCCCAACCCAUUUGUAGAGGAGGACAUAGACAAGAGUGAGGUGGCCUCUGUUGCCUACAGGUACCGCCGCUGGAAGCUGGGGGAGGACAUUGACCUGAUUGUACGCUGUGAGCACGAUGGAGUGAUGACCGGGGCCAACGGAGAGGUGUCCUUCAUCAAUGUCAAGACUCUCAACGAGUGGGACUCCCGGCACUGUAAUGGAGUGGACUGGCGUCAGAAGCUGGAUUCUCAGAGAGGAGCUGUUCUGGCCACUGAGCUAAAGAACAACAGCUACAAACUGGCCCGCUGGACCUGCUGUGCCAUGCUGGCUGGCUCAGAGUACCUCAAGCUAGGGUACGUGUCUCGUUAUCACGCGAAGGACUCUGCUCGCCAUGUGGUCCUGGGCACCCAGCAGUUCCAGCCCACUGAGUUUGCCAGCCAGAUCAACUUGAGCAUGGAGAACGCCUGGGGCAUCCUACGCUGCGUCAUCGACAUCUGCCGCAAGCUGGAGGAGGGCAAGUACCUCAUCCUCAAGGACCCCAACAAGCAAGUGAUUCGCGUGUAUAGCUUGCCUGACGGGACCUUCAGCUCGGAUGAAGAUGAGGAAGAUGAGGAUGAUGAUGAAGAGGACGAGGAGGAGGAAGAUGAACAAGAACCCUAAGGUGUGGCAAUUGCACUAGUGACCAGGUGGCCUGCAUCACACAGAAAAUACUCCUCGUUACAUUCAAAUAAAGAUCUGAGAAACUG